GGGGAAAGAGGGGUGGCUAAACAGAAUGAAGGCUAUGCAUCCCCGCUGGAGAACCCCCACUACAGUGACAUUUUUGCUGUCUUCAUCACCAUGGAAAUAUAAAAGGCGAUGCCCCUGAUUCAGAAGAUCAAGAGCAGCUCCGGGGUGGGUUUGGUUUAGUUUUGCUGGGUUUGUUCGGGGGGGGCGGGCAUUGUUUGGUGUUGGUUCUUCCUCCCUAUCUCGUGUCUUUUAGAAAUAUAAUCGUGUGCGCGAGUGCGUGAGUUAAGGUGCGUGUGUGUAAAAGCUCUUACAUGCAUUUAAUAUCUGUCAAUAUGUUUGGCACUAAUAUGUUAAUUUGUUUAAGUUUAAAUGCUCCGCAGUUCCGCAAAUUUCUUUUCAAAUAUACUCGAUACAUUCUCCAAUUUUGUACUCGUCGCAUCAACUGAUCUGUUACACGCAGUGAAUUGCAUUUAAUAAAGAAAGGGUUAUUGACUGACCUCCGAAUGACGACUUCAGUGAACCUAAUAUCAUCAUUAAAGCGGUUAGAAGAGGCGACUGGAGGGACCCACUCGCCCGACUGGUCUCCCGACAAUUGUGACAUUUUGCGACUGCGAUUGAGGCGAAAGAAAAGAAGACGAGCUUGGUAAGCACCAGCAAAAUGCCGCGUUGCCUGAUGGCGAAGAAAUGGAAAACAUAUCCUUGGGCAAUGAGGGAUACGGACGAAGGGAUAAUGUGUGGAGAGGGGACAACUGGCGGGGAUAAGCAUCUGGAAGAUGAGGAAAUUGACGUGGUUGGGGACGGCAGCUGGGCCGUCGGCCCUGCCAGCCCAACGGCCGGAGCCACUGCCCCCAGCCCGUCGCCUAGCAUGCCUCCGAACCUGGGCCCCACGCCUGCGGCCGCCUCUACCGCAAUUGUGGCAGCCACCGAUUGUCCAGGCGCAAGCAGAGUGGCCGUCCUCUACAAUGAUUGGCCACUAAGAGAAGAAUGACUCUCCAUUAAAGCUGCAGCUUCAGAAGAAUGCCAUUCAUUAUCUGAAUAAUAUAACUUCAUUUAUUUCACUCUACCAAGAUUUCAAAUGUAUUUGAAAGAAAAUUUCAAAAUACUAAAUAUUUAACAAGUACAAAUAUUUAUAAUUUUGAUGAUAAUGAUAUUAAAUAGUGUUCGGUUCUUAUUUGAAUGUAUUCCAAAAUAUGGAAAUAGGAUGAACUGCUGCUUUCAAAUGCACGUAUGCACGCUUUCAAAUAGACGUGUACUAUUGAAAUUUGUUUUUAAGAAGAGUACAUUUUUUCAUCACUUUUAAUUUAAGAAUAAUUAUUAGUUAGUUUUUGGUUUAUGAUAUUAUUUCUGACCAAAUCAUACACUGCAAUUAAGCAACAGAAACUUUCUCAUAUUAUUUCAUCUGCAAAGUAUAAAGUAUUAUUUUACUCUCAUUUAUCAUUUAUUGUAGUGGGUACAAAAAUUGCAGAACUCGGGAAGUAAUUUUACAAUAUCAAUUUAAGUUUGGCUUUUGGGUUUGACAUCCACAAAAAUAUUAGAGAACAGCAAUUAAAGACAUUAAGUAAUUAAUGGUCAACUGAAACAAAAAUAAUUCUAAAAUUCAUGACAUUGAUUUCCAACAAGAUGAACUUUGCGCAGUUACUUAGAAUUUAAUUGUACCUCAGAUCUAAGAGUGAAAACGUCUGUUCUUAAAUAAGAACACUGACAGCAUGUAAUUAUACUAAAUUAAUUUGUACUACACUACAUAAAGUUUAUUAUUAUAAAUAAACUUAUUGUAAAUGAUAAUAUUUACUUUAUAUAGUAAGGACAAAAAUUAUUUGUUCUCAAUAUAAUAAUGUACCUUGUGCAAAAUAUUCCUUGUUUCUAUCUGCAACAUUGUAACAGAUAUCUUUUCAGAUUAUUUUGCUUUCAUGCUUUCCAGCUUCAGAUUUUUCAUAACGUAUUGAAUAUCUACAUUGCUUGGAGCAACAUUUUUGAGUUUUCUACCAACUUGUUGUCUACGUCUUGUGAUGGAGCCCAGCAAUUUGGUGCAGUGGGUAGGGAUUGUAAAAAAUGAGUAGAAAGGUUGAAAUUACUUCUGAAAUCCCUUCAGUUUAUAUUUGGAAUUAACAUACUUAGUUUUUUUCCUUUCAACUAAGUGAUCUUUAGUUCCUUCAAAUAGAUUUGUUGACACAUUUUUAAAAUUAAUUUGAGUGUUCAUAAAAAACAAGUAAUGCUAUCAAAAACACUGUUUAUAAAAUGUAAUCCUUGAAAUAUGGAGUAAAAUGAGUAUCCAC